CAGUUUUCAUGAAGGUGAUUGUAAGAAAAUGACAAGAUUUAAACACAGCAACAUUAUUGCGUAUUCUAUAUAGUUAAAUAUUGUCUCAAAUGAAUUAUCUUUUCUUUAUAUUUUUUCUUCAUAUUGAGCAUUUAUUUGCAAUUCGCGUUUGUCAGAAAAAUGAUUUUAAACACCUUUUCAAUUUAAAUCUGGAUGUUUGUUCCGCAAUUCCUUUAAUAGAAACAUUUUCGAGGUGGAAAUUUGAUAAUAGCCGCCUUAAGGAGCUUCCCUUAGAUCCCGAAAAAAGAAAUUAUGUUAGACGUAAUGUUCAUAAUGCAAUUUUUUCUCAAGUGCCAGUUACACCAAUAAGAUCACCAACACUUUUAGCUGUGUCGGAUGAUGCUUUGAGAAAUGUACUAAAUGUUCGUCCAAAAGUUACUCAAGACUCAAAUUUUGUUGACUUUAUUAACGGAGUCUUCCGUCCAGAGAAUUCUCUUACUUAUGCACAUAGGUACGGCGGACAUCAGUUUGGUUCUUGGGCUGAUCAGUUGGGCGAUGGUAGGGCAAAUCUCCUUGGUGAAAGGAUUUCGUUUGACGGUAAAAGAUGGGAAUAUCAAUUAAAAGGAUCUGGUCGGACACCAUAUUCAAGGGAUGGCGAUGGCAGAGCAGUUUUGAGAUCAUCAAUUCGUGAAUUUCUAUGCAGUGAAGCGAUGCAUUACUUGGACGUUCCAACAAGCCGAGCUGCUGCAAUUAUUGUUAGUGAAGACACUGUAAUGAGAGAUCAAUUUUAUGAUGGUCAUCCUCAACGCGAGAAAGUCGCUAUUGUGUUGCGAUUAGCUGAAUCUUGGUUUCGAAUUGGUUCUUUAGAAAUACUGGCGAAAGGAAAGGAAAUAGAUAACCUUCGACAACUAAUAGAUUUCAUUAUAGAGAACCAUUUUAAAUCGAUUGAUCUCAAAGAUGAAAACAAAUACAUUAUAUUCUUUAAUGAAGUUGUUAAUAAUACAGCCUAUACUAUAGCAAAGUGGACAAGUAUAGGCUUUGCUCAUGGUGUAUGUAAUACUGACAAUUUCAGCCUUUUGGGUCUCACAAUAGAUUACGGGCCUUUCGGAUUUUUGGAUGCCUACAAUCCUGGUUGGACACCAAAUACAUCAGAUGAUGAAUAUCGUUAUGCUUUUAAUAAGCAGGCUUUUGUUGGCUCUUUCAAUCUGUUGAAAUUAAGAGAAGCCCUCUUGCCUUUAAUUCCUCAUGAAAAACUACCCUCAGUUAGAAAUAUUUUGAAUGGUUUUUACCCAUUAUACACAAGAUAUUUCAAUAAAUUAUAUUGCCAGAAAUUAGCGCUAAUUAAAUGCGAAAAAGAAGACGAACAUAUCAUAAAUCAACUAUUGAAAAUGAUGGAGGGAAAAUCAGCUGAUUUUACAAUGACAUUUAGACAAUUAUCAGAGAUUCGUCUGAACAUUCAUGAGCAAAUAGAUAUUCCGAAAACGGCGUGGGCGCUAAAACAUCUUUCGAGUCAUAAUCAGUUUGAUGCCUGGACUAGAAAUUGGAUGAAAAGAUUAGAGGAAAGUGGGCUAAAUUUAAACGAGGCUAAACAAAUAAUGAACAGAGUUAACCCCCGUUAUAUUCUAAGGAAUUGGAUAUCUCAAGAAGCUAUUGAGAUGGCUGAUAGAGGGGAUUUUUCAAGAGUGAGGCUAAUAUUAGAUAUUUUGAAAAAUCCGUAUAAACUACAAAAACCGGCAGAAGACUUGAAAUAUGCAAAUAGGCCUCCAAAAUGGGCUAAAGGCCUUAAAGUCAGCUGCUCAUCUUGAAUUUAUUCCCAACAAAAGAAUUGUCAUUGAUUUAUUUAUUGCUGUUUCAAAACCUCUUAACUUAUUUCAUUUCAUAUAUGUAGAACGCAAUGCUACAAGCAAUUAUCUGUCAAAUAAAAAGUUAAAAAAUUUUUCCAACAGGUGUCACUAUCGACAAGCGAAGGUUCAUUUUCAAUCGAAUCAUUAUUACCGUCGGAUGAUACAAUUGCGCAUUCCUCGCUUCUUAAGAAUUAAGCGAGCUAACAGCGUUAAAUUCUUGGUGCUCCUCAUUAUAGUUGAAGCUAUUAUCAUUGGAACAGUUUUGCAUAUGGAGCAUAAAAUGAUAUAUGUCAAUUGGGUAGCCAUGAGGCGGAACAAUACGAUUAUGUUAUACGAUGAAGGUGGAAAUUUUGUCAGUGAAUACCCAGUAGAAGAUAAUAGGUGAAUGAACUAUGAUCAGACUUAAAGAGAUAAACUUCUUCACCAGUCAAGAACUAUUCAAGUGCAACUUAACUUAGUUUUUUUAUUAUAUAGAUUGUUAAUAAAAAAAUAAAUAAAAUGAUAUUUUGAA